AUGAUCUGCGUUCCCGACCCGGACCUCGACCCGAGAGCCUCUGGCAUCAGCUUUGCAACUCAGAAAGGGUCUGGAGUUGUCGCAGAUUCUCUUAUCCGGGCAGCCGAGCAGCCCAGAACGUUGAUUGCUGUGCCUAUCACCUAUCACACUCUGAAGCGUCCCAGUAAGCUGAUCUUCGCACAAAGUGAUAGUCAUGAUAGACGGUCUGGCCCGUCGCUACUGGAUACCCUGCAGAUGGUGUUUUGGCCUCGUCUGGAUUCACAGCAGCUUGUGUUGAUCGCUAUGUCUCUAGAGAUAACGGUGGCUCUGUGGUCCUCAAUUGCACCAACGACAGCGAGAAGGCAAUGCCGUGAGGACCCUGCGUGCUCCCGCUUACACUCCACCUUUAUCCGCCAUGCUGAAGUGAAAACAAGACAAGACCCGGCGGUCAAGUUCGAUAUCGCCCAUCGCCAUCGGCGUCUACGAUGA